UAGAUGACCCAGAUUUGAGAUUGAUCAGCGUGGAGAUGGCGGAAGGUAAAGUCAUUCCUACUCGGGACAGUUUUGGUCGCCUGCAGGACGGCACAGAAAUCAGCAGGUUUACAUUUAAGAACAAAAAUAACAUAACCGUCCGGAUAAUUAAUUAUGGUGGAAUUGUAACGGAUAUCUUAGUUCCUGAUAAAAACGGAAAGGUGGUAGAUAUAAACUUGGGAUUUGAUGACAUCAAAGGGUAUGAAGCACGUCAUCCUUAUUUUGGAGCUAUAUGUGGAAGAGUGGCAAACAGAAUCGCUGGAGGAAAAUUUACCCUUGAUGGGAAAGAGUAUCAAUUGGCGGUUAACAACGGUCCUAACCACCUACAUGGUGGUGUGAAGGGGUUUGAUAAGAUGGUAUGGAAAGCAAGAGUGGACGACGACACGCUUGUACUGACGUACGUAAGUCCUGAUGGCGAGGAACACUAUCCGGGGGAGUUAACCGUAGAGGUUAGAUACCGUCUGACCAAUGAGAACGAACUUGUCAUUGAUUACACGGCAACCACAACAAAAGCCACGCCCAUUAACCUUACAAACCACGCCUACUUUAAUCUAGCUGGGCAGGGUUAUCCAAACAUAGAUGACCACGUGCUUUGGAUUGAUGCCUACACGUACACUCCUUUGGAUCAGAACAUUAUUCCAACAGGCGUCAUUACAUCUGUGGAAGGAACAGCCUAUGACCUGAGGACGCCUACACGCUUAGGCGAUCGCCUUAAAUACGUAAACAACGGGAAAGGAUAUGACAUUAACUUCUGUGUCGGAGGGCAGCUAGGGAAACUCACUCGAGUUGCUAGUCUAGAACAUCCACCUUCCGGGCGUAAAAUGGAAGUAUUUACGACAGAGCCAGGAAUACAGUGCUACACCGGAUGUAAUAUGGCCACGGGGGUUUUCGGGAAGGGUGGCGUCGAGUACCAGAAGUUUGCUUCCGUUUGUUUAGAGACACAACAUUACGCUAACAGUGUAAACCAGCCAAAUUUUCCAAACACGAUCCUUCGUCCAGGAGAGACCUAUCGCCAUACAACUGUGUACAAAUUCGGACUGACUGCUUAGGAACAUUCUGAGGAGAAUUCAUGUAACUUUUACAAGUUCAUGUAACAUUUACAAGUUCAUGUAACAUUUAUAAGUUCAUGUAACAUUUACAUGUUCAUGUGACAAAGAUAGAAGACUUUUGCAAUUGUCAUUUGAAAAAUCCAGUUUCAAUAAAUAUACAUAUGCCUAAA